AUGCCCGACAUGAACGGUGAUGCGCGCAGCUCGUCCCGGAGCAGUCACGGUGCCAAGAGCCCGACGCGAGUCAACGGAAAUGGCAGCAUGCACAGGUCGAUGGAGAAGGAGCGACCAAGUUACGACAGGACAGACACUUCUGCCAGCGGCUGGGCAACGGAGAACGAGGACGAUGAGGGUCCGGAGAAGAAGACCCAAUCCGAGUACGAAAAGAAGAAGCAGACCUUCAUCACCCGAGCAAUCUGGACCUUGGUCAUGAUCGGCAUCUUCUUCGGCUCCAUGUUCGCCGGCCACAUCUACGUGAUCAUUAUCAUCACCGCCGUCCAGAUCAUUAGUUUCAAGGAAGUUAUCGCCAUCUCGAAUGUGCCUUCGCGGGCCCGGAGUCUACGAUUCACCAAGACGCUGAACUGGUAUUUCUUGGGCACGACCAUGUACUUCCUCUACGGCGAGAGUGUGAUCUACUACUUCAAACAUAUCGUCUUGGUUGAUCGUGUGCUGCUGCCUUUUGCAACCCACCACCGGUUUAUCAGCUUCAUGCUAUACGUCAUGGGCUUCGUCUUCUUCGUCGGAUCUCUCCAAAAAGGCCACUACAAGUUCCAAUUCACCCAGUUCGCCUGGACCCACAUGGCUCUCUACCUAAUCGUGGUGCAAGCCCACUUCAUCAUGAACAACAUCUUCGAGGGCAUGAUCUGGUUCUUCCUCCCCGUCAUGCUCGUCAUCACCAACGACAUCUUCGCCUACAUUUGUGGUAUCACCUUCGGCCGGACCCAGCUUAUCAAGUUGAGUCCCAAGAAGACAGUCGAAGGCUUCGUCGGCGCCUGGAUCUGCACCAUCAUCCUCGGCUUCGGCCUAACCAACAUCCUCAUGCGCUACAAAUACUUCAUCUGCCCCGUCAACGACUUGGGGGCCAACAUCUUCACCGGCCUCGAAUGCGUCCCCAACCCGGUCUUCAUCCCGCAAACCUACCACAUCCCCUUCAUCCCCCACAACUGGACCCUCCUCCCGACCCACGUCGCCGUCUCCCCGAUGCAAUUCCAUAUCCUCAUCAUGUCGACCUUCGCCUCCCUCAUCGCGCCCUUCGGCGGCUUCUUCGCCAGCGGGUUAAAACGCACGUUUAAUAUCAAGGAUUUCGGCGAUUCCAUCCCCGGACAUGGCGGGAUGACGGAUCGGAUGGAUUGUCAGUUCAUCAUGGGAUUUUUCGCUUUCAUGUAUUAUCAGAGUUUCAUCGCCGUGUAUAAAGCUAGUGUGGGGAGUGUGAUUGAGACGGCUAUUACGGGUCUUAGUCCGGAGGAGCAGGUCGAGGUUGUCAAGGGGUUGGCGAAGCAUUUGUAUAAUCAGGGGGCGGUGGGGAUUAAAGUGGUGGAGUAUCUGAAUGAGAAUCUGAGGUUGGCGGCGAAGAGAUGA